GGCGAAUCGUUCGAGCGAAGCCUUCCCGUCCAGCUGUCUCUCGUGCAUCUCCCAUGACGACGCGAUUCUCCGCGUUGCUCCUCCUCGCCUUACUCUCCGCGAAGUGCGGGCCGGCGGAGGGGAAAUGCCCGACUGGAGACGUACUUCCCUGCAAAUGCGGCAGUCGCUUUCUCCAGGAUCAUCACGAUGGCGAAGUGCAACUGGACUGUUCGAGUGCCAACACCAGUGAGGAAAUUUCAUCGGCCUCGAGAGCCUCCUGGCCCUCCUCUCAACUCUGGCAAUUCCGUCUGACCGAUAACAAGCUGGUCGAGGAGCUCCCCGAAGGAGUCAUGGGAGAUCUCUCCUUCCAGUCCAUAUGGGUGAGCGACACCGCUCUCAAGCGGAUCCAUCCGUCGGCCAUCCUCCCUUCUGGGGACCGCCUGGUGAAUUUGAGCGUCGAGAACAGUUACAACCCGUUGUCGGAAUUCCCAUCUACAGUGAUCAAGAGUCUCAGAAAACUGGAGGAAUUCUAUUGCUCGGGCUGCAAUUUGGGACCAACUCUUUCAAACGGGCUGUUGAGAUUCCGCAGCAAGACCUUAAAGUUGGUUGUGUUGUGGGAGAACGGCAUUUCGAGACUCGGACCAAAAGACAUAUCGGGUAUAAGGACCGACACUGUUGUUUACCUCACGCACAACAAGAUCGCCAUGUUGGACGAGGGAAUCUUUCGACCCACGCUGGAAAUCAUGUCGCAAGGGAAAGGGGUCCUCCAUUUAGAGGGCAAUCCCGUGCAGUGCGGUCGCAAUCUGGAAUGGCUGGCGCUCGCUCCGAAGUUGCUCAGAAAGGUGAAAGGGGCAUGCGAGGAUGGAACCAGUCUGGCAUGCUCCGUCCUGGACCUCCGACCUUGCUCAUGCGAGGAACAUUCAGACGGGAUGACGGUCGACUGUUCGAGUGCCAGGACGAGCGAGGAGGUCUCGUCGGCCUUCGAUAAGAUUUGGCCCUCCGCUCGACUCUCGCAUUUCAUCCUGCUGAAUAACUCGGAGAUUCAGGAACUCCCCGAAGGAGUUUUCGGAGCUCACUCAUUCCAGAACAUAUACUUGAGCAAGACCGCCGUGAAGGCGAUCCAUCCGUCGGCCAUCCUCUCGUCCAGAGGCCAGCUCGUGAAUCUGACCGUCGAGAACAGUCGCCUGGGGAGGUUUCCUUUCCAUGUUCUUUCGAUGUUCCCCCGCCUCGAGGGACUCUGGCUCCGGAACAAUUCCCUCACCUCAGUGCCGGCCAUCCAUAGUGAAAGCCUCGAGUUCCUGUAUCUUCCGAACAAUGGCAUUGAGAAAAUAAAGGAAAACGGAUGGGCGACUCCCAACUUGAGAGAAAUCGACUUGGGUCACAAUCCACUAUUGGAGUUCCCAUCCGUAGUAAUCAAGAGUCUCAAGAAACUAGAGAAAUUCUAUUGUCCAGAGUGCCAUCUGGGACCCACCCUUUCAAGCGGUCUGUUGGAAUUCCAGAGCAACUCCCUUAGGUUGGUGUCGUUGUGGAAAAACGGGAUCUCGAGGCUGGAACCGAAAGCCAUCACGGGUACGAUUCUUCGUCCAUUCAUCCGCCCUUAG